AGGCCGCCUGCGGUUGGCCACUGCGCAACGCGUCCUGGACCUCCAGUCGCCGGAGCUGAUGGCUACACCUUCAUUCACCGUCAUCCAUUCUCCAUUUCCGUUCUUUUCUAUCCACCACAUUAUGAGCAUUGUCUAGGGAUCAAUUACAAUCACUUUCCGAUUAUUCCUUUGAAGCGCAUAAAUUGAAUUCGCUCACCUUCGCCCUUCGCGCUGAUUUCCCCUACGAUCACCCGAAACCAAACUACCGUCAGGAUGACUACCGAUUACAGCAAGAAAACCAACGCGGAGCUCGUGGAGAUCCUCAAGUCUCGAUCGCUCCCGCACACCGGUAAGAAGGCCGAGAUGGUCGCUCGCCUUCAAGAGAACGACGAGGGCAAGACCCAGACCGAUGCCGGCCCUGCUGCUUCCGGAAAGACUGAGGCCGCUGAAGAUGUGAUUGACUGGGAGGAUGAUGAUGCUCCUGCAGACAGCUCUGCAGCGAAGCCGUCGACCGAAGCCCCAGCCGCUGCUGCUGGCGACAAGGCCUCUGCGGAUGCCGACCAGAAACAGGAGACCGCACCCGCUGCGACCGAAGACCCCAAGGCAGAAUCGAAGGAAGCUGCCCCAGAGGCUGAGAAGGCUGAGGGAUCAGACGCGACAGCUUCAACGGAAGCCGCGCCCGCUCCGGCCGAGGAGAAACCCGCAGUGGAUUACACAAGGGGACUGCCGGUUACUGAGUUGGAGGAGGAAUUGAAGAAGCGCAAGGCUCGUGCGGAGAAGUUUGGCAUCACCGAGGACUCGCAGGCUGCUAUCAAAGCGGCAGAAGAGAAGCUGGAGCGUGCGAAGCGAUUUGGAACUGGAGCUGAAAACACCGAUGGUGCCUCUGUCGGUGUUAAGCGACUGGACGAAGCACUUCCGGACGAAAAGACUCGCAAGCGCCGCAACGACAAUGAACAGCAAGGAGGACGAGGAAAGAGACGUGAUAACAAGGGCCGGAACAACCAGCAGCAAAACCGCCGGGGUAAUGGAAAUCGAAACCAGAACCAAGGCCAAAGACGUGGUGGAAACAACAACAACAAUAACAACAAUAAGCAGCCGCCUAAGGCCUUGAGUGAGAAGGAUGCUCUUGCGAUGGAGGCCAGGAAGAAGAGAUUCGCUGCGGCGGCAUAGUUGAAACGCAUGUCUGUUCAUACUUUCGUUCUUUUCUACACUUUCUUUUAUUAUUUUUUCCUUUCAUCUAUGUUGGCGUUCUGGGGAGAUGUCAUUAAGGAAACUAUGGUAUUAUAUUGAAUUCAAUACUUAUUUUUGACUAUCUUGCGCUGUAUCUGUUGAUUUUAUCACACCGCUACAAGUAAAUAAUCUAGAUAGUAGAUGUAAUCAGUGAUAUCUAGAAGCGUACAAAGAGCCGAGCAGAAAUCAAAUCUGAAAUUCUAGAUUAGCUAUUAUCAUAUCGAAAUAGCCAGGUUCUUUUAGUCUGUGUUGGACAAUACGACCAUGAGUCAAAGAUAGAGACAGCGUGAGCUGAAAAGCGCAUUAGCCCAGUUGCUAGU